UAUGUAUGCAGACACUUGUACGCUUAGUGUCUCUAUGCUAAGGGUGAUAAUGGGUCUAAGUUGGUCACACAUAGAACCAGCGAGAGGUCAUUGACUCAAUAAUCGCGUGUUAGUAACUCAUGAACCUGUAGUUCAAUUUUUAGACGGCUAUCACGUGAGGGUAUUAAUGGAAAAUAGUUUUUUCACCGGCUAAUCAGAUGAUUUUCAAUAUCACUUUUGUGAUUUAUUUUAUUUUAUUAUGGUCAUCAUCAGCGAGUGGAAUUAUUGGGUAUGAUUGCGGGAAAUUUUCAUCAAAUUCAACAACAAUUUCAAUUACAGAGGUGGGAGAUUGUGACAUUCAUCCUAAAGAAAUAAAUACAACAGAACCGUUUAUUCAAUUAUUACAAUUAAAAGAAUAUUCGUUAACAAAAGUAAUUCAAUGUAAAAUCGAAGUAGAUCGAAAUAUUUAUCAUUGCGGGGCUUAUUCUCAUAUGUCGGUAGUACAUAGCGGGCGUAUGGAAUAUAUUGAAGAAAUUUCAAAAGAAAGAUGUUUAGAUAUUCAUAAAUCGGGAUCAUAUAGAUUCGGCACAUUAUUUAUAACCGGUUUAAAAAUUAAUAGCACAACUACGCGUGGUGCAACACUCGCAGGGUCAAUCGGUAAUGAUGGAACGUGUAAUAAAGGAAGUUAUUCGGAUUUUUAUGGAAGUUGGAGCGAUAUUGUCGUUCAAGGGGUUUUAAAAAUUACAAUACAAGAAUAUUUCGCGGAAGUUAAAUAUGAAAAUGAUAAAAUUUAUUUAAAAUCGGGUUUAACAUGUACUUUAUCUGAUUUAUCUUGUUUGGAUUUAGAGGGAGGUUAUACUUUUUGGGACUAUAUUCCAUCACAUAAAUGUGAUUUUCAAAAUUUCGGAGUUUUAUAUACAGGUAAAGUAAAUAAAACAUCUGAGAAAAAUUCAGAUAAACAUGAAAUUAUUUAUUCCUUAGAAUCAAAUGGAAUAACAUUUGCAUUAACUACCACAAAUGUUGAAAUUAUUUGUGGCUAUAAAAUAAUCAGAACUGAACAUCCUAAAUUAUUUAUCUUUGAAACAUCAAAGAAUGAUUUAAUGUUAAAUAAUGAAAUAUCAAUAGAAAAUUUAGAUCUAUUUGCGUAUGUUAAUUCUAAGUUUGUAUAUGUAGAAAAAUUUAUACAAAAACAAAUUAAACAAUUAUAUUAUGAUGUGUUAAUUCAUCGUUGUAUGCUAGAACGUAAUACUUUAAAAAAUUUGUUAUCAAUUGCGUCAAGUAAACCAGACGAGUUUGCUUAUAAUUAUAUGAAAGGACCAGGUUAUAUGGCUAUAAUGUCAGGUGAAUCAAUAAACAUUGUAAAGUGCAUACCUGUUGAAGUAUCAGUUUACCCAAGAAGUGAGUGUUAUAACGAAUUACCAGUGAAAAGAGGAAAUGACAGUUACUUUUUAACUCCAAAAACAAGAAUUUUAGUAAGAAAAGGUACUCAGAUUGAUUGCAAUCCACUUUUUCCACCUUUAUUUUUAAUAGAUGGAUCAUGGUACAAAUUUACACCUAAUCCAGUUGAAGUUUUACCACCAAAUAAAAUUCAACCAUUAACUAAACCAACAUGGAAAUAUACUUCUCCAAAAUUCUUAGCUACAAGUGGAAUUUAUUCUGAACAAGAUCUCGACAAAUUACGACAUAGAAUUAUGUCUCCAGUAGAAAAACCAGCAAUCUUAAGCAAUAUUGCUAGAGGAAUAGAUGGUUUGCAUUUUGCAAAUCAAGGUGAAUCAAUAUUAAAUUUAUUUGACACUAAUGCAUUACAAAAAUUAGCUGAUUCAGCAUGGGAAAAAACAUGGGGAAAAUUUUUAAUUUUUGGAUCUGCAAGUGCGGGAAUAUUUAGUAUAAUUAUGAUUAUACGACUAGUAAAAUUUUCAUUUGACACAUUACUUCAUGCUUUUCAAAUUCGAAAAACUCAUGGAUGCUCUUUUUAUUUGUGUUUUUCAUUUUGGGAUGCCUGUACUAAUUACAUUUUAAUAAGAGCACAAGAAAAUAACAUCAAGAAUAUUCAUAAAAGUAUUAAUAAUAAUAAUAAUACAAAUUCAAACAAUGAUGAAAAUGUUGAAUUAGUUAUAAUUCGACAACCAACCCAAAAUCAAGAAAUUCAAACAACAAUUGAAAAUACCGAACCAUCAGCACCAUCAACAGAUGAAAAAAUUUAUCCAAGUUUACCAGCAAAUGAAGAAGGAAAUAAUGAAACAAGAACUAUUCAAAAAACAACUAGCAUGUUCCGUUUAUCCUCAUAAACUAAAUUUUAAACUCAAUGGUAAAAUUACUAACAACUUGUGACUAACAAAUUUUAAAAAUUUUUAAUUAUUUUUAUUCUAUAAUUUUAGUGAUGAUACUUAAAAUUAAAAGUGUUAUUACAGAUGAAAAUUCCUGCCGGAGUACUUAAACAGAUGAAAGAAGAUGAAGAAUUAGAUGCAUUGUACGGAAUUCCACAUACCAGAAUUCCUGGAAGAAAUUUAAAAUUUUACGCAAGUUUGAUAACAUCAUAUUGUACCAUGCCGAGGGAAAUAGUAAAAGAGUUUUAUCAUAAUGAUUUUGACAACGCAUCUAUGUGCGAAAAUUGUUUAAAAGACUGUCCAAUGAUUUUUACUAAAAGAUUUAAAUAUUGCAAUCAAAACUGGCAUCGGUUAUAUCCGUAUAAAAUUUCGGGAAAUUGCAUCAAGUGCGGUGAAGUGUUAAUAUAUCAAAAACCGGGAUAUAUUUGUGAAGAUUGUGCGAAUACUUGGGUAAACUAUCGCGACAUUUUAGAAAAUAAAUAUUUCAUUGAUAUUUAUGUGUAAUUUAGUGUUAAGAAAAAUUAAAUUUUAUUGUCAUAAAUAUUGUUAUUA